AUGGCCACCAUGCAAAGUGUAUUCGCCGGCUACAAUGCCAGGCAGUCCGUCCUCCAGGCCAGUUCCAAUCCAUAUGCUAAGGGAAUCGCGUGGAUCGAAGGCGAAUACGUUCCUCUCGCCGACGCACGCAUCCCCCUUCUCGAUGAAGGCUUCAUGCACAGCGAUUUAACAUACGAUGUCCCCUCCGUCUGGGAUGGGCGCUUCUUCCGCCUCGACGACCAUCUUACCCGACUAGAAGUCAGCUGUGGAAAAUUGCGCUUGAAGGUACCGCUUCCGCGCGAAGAACUGAAGCGCAUUCUCGUCGAGAUGGUCGCCAAGAGCGGUAUCCGCGAUGCGUUUGUGGAGUUAAUCGUCACGCGUGGUCUCAAGGGCGUUAGAGGAACCGAUCCGAAAGACAUUGUCAACCGAUUGUACAUGUUUGUGCAACCCUACGUAUGGGUUAUGGAGCCGGAGAUCCAGUCCGUUGGUGGGGGCGCGGUCAUUGCUCGCACUGUGCGCCGAGUUCCUCCUAGUGCGAUCGACCCGACCGUGAAGAACCUCCAAUGGGGAGAUCUUGUGCGCGGGCUUUUUGAGGCCGCUGAUCGAGGUGCCACGUACCCGUUCUUGACGGAUGGAGAUGUCAACUUGACCGAAGGCUCGGGAUUUAACGUUUUUCUGGUCAAGAACGGGGUCUUGUAUACUCCAGACCGUGGCGUGCUGCAAGGAAUCACCCGCAAGAGUGUGAUUGAUGUAGCGCGCGCUUCUAGGUACGAGGUUCGUGUUGAGACGGUCCCUGUGGAGCUGGCAUACCAGGCAGAUGAGAUCUUCAUGUCAACCACCGCUGGAGGAAUCAUGCCGAUCACUUCGCUGGAUGGUAAGCCUGUUAAAGGGGGGUCAGUGGGACCAAUUACCAAGGCGAUUUGGGAUGGAUACUGGAAGAUCCAUUAUGAUGACAACUUCGGCUUCCAGAUCAACUAUGAUGGGGCACAGAGGAAUGGGCUUGGUUCAACUGGCAAGCUGUAA